CUGCUUCUUCUCCUAACCAGCGGCCUGCUGCCCGAGAUAGGAAACUGACAAGCAGCUGAGUUUCCUUUGCUCCGCCUGGGAGCGCGACUCGAUGAACUUUUGACCCCCGGCGGCACCUUCUGGCGCUCGAGCCUGUGCUCGGGGCAGCUCCACUUCCGCUGACGUCAUCGCGGCGACACGUGGAUCCAAGAUGGCGGCGGCGAUGGAUUGGUUGCCAUGGCCUUUGCUGCUUCUCUCUCUCACGUGGGAAACAAGCGCCUUCUAUGUCCCUGGGGUUGCUCCCAUCAACUUCCACCAGAAUGACCCUGUAGAAAUCAAGGCUGUGAAACUUACCAGCUCUCGAACCCAGCUACCUUAUGAAUACUACUCACUGCCUUUCUGCCAUCCCAGAAAAAUAACCUACAAAGCAGAGAAUCUGGGAGAGGUGCUGAGAGGGGACCGGAUUGUCAACACCCCUUUCCAGGUUCUCAUGAACAGCGAAAAGAAGUGCGAAGUUCUCUGUGGUGAAUCCAAGCCAGUGACCCUGAGCGUGGAACAGAGCCGGCUCGUGGCUGAGCGGAUCACAGAGGACUACUACGUCCACCUCAUUGCCGAUAACCUGCCUGUGGCCACUCGGCUGGAGCUGUACUCCAGCCGCGAGGGAGAUGACAGGAAGAAGGAGAAAGAUGUGCAGUUUGAACACGGCUACCGGCUCGGCUUCAUGGAUGUCAACAAGAUCUACCUGCACAACCACCUCUCAUUCAUCCUCUACUACCACCGGGAGGAUCUGGAAGAGGACCAGGAGCACACGUACCGCGUCGUCCGCUUCGAGGUGAUUCCCCAGAGCAUCAGGCUGGAGGACCUCAAAACAGGCGAGAAGAAUUCAUGCACCCUGCCUGAGGGCACCAACUCCUUACCCCAAGAAAUUGACCCCAACAAGGAGAAUCAGCUGUACUUCACAUACUCUGUCCAUUGGGAGGAAAGUGACAUCAAAUGGGCCUCUCGGUGGGACACUUACUUGACCAUGAGUGACGUGCAGAUUCACUGGUUCUCGAUUAUAAACUCUGUCGUGGUGGUCUUCUUCUUGUCAGGCAUCCUGAGCAUGAUUAUCAUUCGGACUUUGCGGAAGGACAUCGCCAACUACAACAAGGAGGAUGACAUUGAAGACACCAUGGAAGAGUCUGGAUGGAAGCUGGUGCAUGGUGAUGUCUUCAGGCCCCCCCAGUACCCUAUGAUCCUCAGCUCCUUGUUGGGCUCAGGCAUUCAGCUCUUCUGUAUGAUCCUCAUCGUCAUCUUUGUGGCCAUGCUCGGGAUGCUGUCGCCCUCCAGCCGGGGAGCUCUCAUGACCACAGCCUGCUUCCUCUUCAUGUUCAUGGGUGUGUUCGGUGGAUUUUCUGCUGGCCGUCUCUACCGCACUCUCAAAGGCCACCGGUGGAAGAAAGGCGCCUUCUGUACGGCAACUUUGUACCCUGGUGUGGUGUUUGGCAUCUGCUUUGUGUUGAAUUGCUUCAUCUGGGGCAAACACUCAUCGGGAGCGGUGCCCUUUCCCACCAUGGUGGCCCUGCUGUGCAUGUGGUUCGGCAUCUCACUGCCCCUCGUCUACUUGGGUUACUACUUCGGCUUCCGUAAGCAACCGUAUGACAAUCCUGUGCGCACCAACCAGAUCCCCCGGCAGAUCCCUGAGCAGCGGUGGUACAUGAACCGGUUUGUGGGCAUCCUCAUGGCUGGGAUCCUGCCAUUCGGCGCCAUGUUCAUCGAGCUUUUCUUCAUUUUCAGCGCAAUAUGGGAGAAUCAGUUUUAUUAUCUCUUCGGCUUCCUGUUUCUUGUCUUCAUCAUCCUGGUGGUGUCCUGCUCCCAAAUCAGCAUUGUCAUGGUAUACUUCCAGCUCUGUGCAGAGGAUUACCGCUGGUGGUGGCGAAACUUUCUGGUCUCCGGUGGUUCUGCAUUCUAUGUCCUGGUCUACGCCAUCUUUUAUUUUGUUAACAAGCUGGACAUUGUUGAGUUCAUACCUUCGCUGCUCUACUUUGGCUACACGGCCCUCAUGGUCCUGUCCUUCUGGCUCCUCACGGGCACCAUCGGCUUCUAUGCGGCCUACAUGUUCGUGCGCAAGAUCUAUGCUGCUGUGAAGAUAGACUGAUGGGAUGGACUCAACCAUGGCCAGGCCUACUUUGUCCUCGGACAGGAAGCCACCUGCGAGGGUGACUGCAGGCACCCAAAAUAAAAUAGCUCCUGCUCUUUGGGAAUGUAACUCCUGGCACAGUGUUCCUGGAUCCUGGGACUGCGCGGGGGGGUGGGAGGGCCUGUAGAUAAAUCUUGCAUUUUUCUUCAUCUUAUUCCGAUUCUGUGGGGGAUGCGUAUUUUUGUGGGUUGAUUUUUUUUUUUUUUUUCAGUGCUAAGAAAGUUCCUUUGGCAGGAACUCUCUAACCUGUUUCUUCAGGUUUGGUUUUGGUUUGAGUUUUUUCCCCUUAGGUUUUAUCACAUGGACCCAGGAUGGAUGAAUCCACCAAGACACUGGGUCAUCGUCUCCACCUCAGUUCCUCAGGGCUGUUGGCCACCCUGCGACUAACUGGAAGAGAGACCGGCCUUCCGGGGCUCCAGAGCCACAGCCCUCAUCGUGGACACUGAAAAAAAGCUCAAUGUUAGCCGGACAUACGUGCUCAGUGCCAGCCAGCCUCUACCAGCCUCUUUCUUCCUGCCUCCUCCUGGGGCUGCCUACCAGAAGGCUUCCUGCCUGGCCUCUGCCUGCUGUCAGGACACUUCUUGGUUGCUCAAGGAAACCCCUGGAGGGGGGGCCUAGAGACUGAGAACAGCAGGGUCUCUUCUUCUCAGAGCGACAGGAUUUGGCUUGACUAAAGAAGAAACUUAAAUGAACUGUCUCGUGCCAAGAAAUCCUGGAUAUGGGGCCAAGUGUUUCCAGAGCAUGCAGGGACUUUCUGGGUGACAGGCCUCCCCAGUCAUUUCUUUAGGAGGUCACUGCUCUGUGCCAGGUGUGCAUGUGGUGGACCCUCGUGGUCCCAUUUUCAGGGCAAAGCCAGGCUUGUACCCCUUGGCCUGCUCCUUCGGGGCUGGAUGAGGCAUCUCCCUAGGCUUGCCUGCCUCGGUGCACUUGUUGAACUGGUCCAUUCAUCUAAGUUCUUGUUUCCCUUGGAGGAUACCCAGAACACUGCUUGUGGAUGGGAUGAUGGAAGGUAAGUUCCAUCACUCCUCCCCCACUUCCCAGGAAUGGGUUUAGAAAGUGGGAGUGAAUGGGGUGGGACUGGCAUCUCCAUAGAUAGUUGCUCUCACCUGUCCCCUUCCACACUACUUUGCCACAGUCCCUCUUGCACCUUAAAAACAUCAGCUCUUAAUGCGCCGGAGACCAAACCCAUCCCAGGGUUGAAGGGAUUCCUACUGCAAAACAAAGCUCAGGAUGCUGGUUAAGCUAGGAACACCCCACACACAUCACCUCACCCCCUACCCCAAGUCUCCCGCAAGCCCUAUUGGCUCCACCAAUCAAACCAAGUGAACUACUCCUCUACCUUGCCACAGUCACACCGCAGCGCCAGAUGGCGUCCGGAAAUCAGGAGGCGAGAAGGGGAGCCGAAUCAUUAGAGGAUAAGAGUUACUUUGUUCAUUCCAAUUGUGGAUUUUUUUUUUCCUCUGAAAAGAUUUUCUUGUGAGGUGUGGGAAAAUGGACCCAUAAGGAGUUUGAACAUCAUUCAUUUUUAUGAAUUUUUAAUCAUCAUCAUUAUUUUUAAUUAAAAAAUGCCUGUAUGCCUUUUUUGAUCCAGUUGUAAAUAAAUAUUCCAUUGUCCUAUU